UGCCUCUCCCCACCCAACAGGCACACAGUAGGUGACCUCUGACCGCCAUCCCUACCCCGUGACAAGGUUCAACAGCGUCCUGAAGACCCUGGGCACCAUCUGAGUAGGAGCAAAGGUGGUUGGGUACAACCCCACAGGCAGACAACACAAAGCUGCCAGGGAUAGCGACUUAGAUGAGAUGGAUGUCUUCAGCCGACUUUUAGCCUCUUGAGAAGGAUGGCUACACACCACUUUUACUUACUGUAAAGGAAGAGAAACUCCAUAUGGCAGAAUUUUCAAUUAAGAGCGUCUCUGAGAUUUGUUCAGAAGACUGCUUUGAUGAUUUCUCUGAGGAUGCAUUUGAAAAAGAAACAUAUAUUGUGGAAGCAGAACCACACUUAGAUGUGACACCAGAAGAAGGCCAAAAAACUCUUGAUGGUAAAGAGAAGAAAAAGGCAAAGGGUUGUUUUGGGAGUCUUCUGAAGAUGUUUCAUAUUCAUUCAUCUGAAAACUUAUCUGGUGAUGCAAAUCAACGAGAAAAACACAAAGUUAAAGAAUAUGUAGAAGAACGAUCUUUAAAAGUGAAAACAGAAGAAAAGAAAAACGUGUUUGAUGACCCUGAAAAUAACCAGCCACAGGUGGAAAUAACAAGGAAGAAAUAUAAAAUUAGUCAGAUGGAAGUGUCACAAAUCCUGCAGCCUAGUGAGGAGGACACUGAUGACAAUGGUGAUGAAUUCAUUGAACAAAAAAAGAACAGAAAUGCUGAUCACCAAAGGCACACAGAGAAAACACCUAAUGAAAAGAGCAAGGUCAAAAAAGAAAUAAACGCUAUGAAAGACCUUGAUGAAUCACAGCCAACUGUCAUAGCCUCAACAGCUUUUCAAGGGACUUGCCCUAAUUAUUAUGAUAUUUGUGCAUACGUUAAAAAACCAAGCAGGUCAUUUGAAGAUCCUCAUAGCCUACCAAAAAUCCAAAAUUCAGUUGAUUCAUGUCAAAGAAUAAUAGAACUUGAAAAAAGUCACUGUUCACAGAGUUUGUUACAUAAGCAAGAAGUGGUAAAACUGGAAAAUAAACUUUGUGGAAUGAAAGAGAAAUUAUCAGAAAUGAAAAAUGUGAAAACUAAGUUAGAGCAGAGAGAAAUAAAAUGGAAACAAGAACUCUGCCACUUGAGGAAUGACUUAAAAGAAAAAGAGAAGAAAUUAAGAGAUUUUGAUCAGCUUUUCGAAAAAAUGAAUCACCAGUUAAGAGAAAAAGAUCAUAAAUAUAAUAAAGAAAUUGAAUUGAAUAAGGAACUUCAACUGUCUUCUGGGACAUUAAGAACAGAAUUAAAGACUGCAAAAAGUAACUCGAUUCAGGUUUCUACCAAGAAUGAAACAGAGAAAGUGCUCUUGCAUGAAUUCCACAUAUUGAAGGAUAAAUGUGAUAUGCUGAGUCUGGAGAUGAACCAAAUGAAAUGUCAGAAUGAGGAAGAUGUCAUGGACAUUUCAAGAGAGAAAUAUGAUGACCUUGAAAGGUCAAUCGAAUUGAUUGAGGAAACACUUAGAAAAACAACAUUGCAAAAUAAUGAACAGAUUGAUGCUCUGAAAACUGAGAUUACAAAGCUAAACAUUAAACUGGAAAAUAAAGAACAAAACACCAAAAGACAGGAAACAGAAGUCAAAUCAUACCCUGUCAGUCAGACUGUUGCUCCACAACAUUGUGAUGGAAGUCAGACAUCAAAAAGAGAACAAGAACUUAUUUCCCAGAGAUCAAGAGAUGGAUGCCCUGAUUUAAAGGAAAAGGAAAAUUUCAAAAUUUCAAAACAAAAUGUUAGGAGGCUGAUUCAGUCCCCAAAAUUUGCCAACCCUGGAAUAAAAUUCAGAGAACAGGAAAAAGGCCAAAUGAAUGAAAUAAAGCACAUAUAUCAAAAUAAACAGAGUCAAAAAUACAAAGAACGGGAAUCUAUAGAUGAGAGAUUAUCUCAAAUGGAAAGUGAAAUUACAUUGCUAAGACAACAGUUCUAUGACCUUCGCAACAAAGUUGAUGAUACACAAGGCUUGCUCAUUUGUACCCAAGAGCAAUAUAAUCCCAUAAAAAUAAUUCAGGAUGAGGCUGAAAACUCCAGUUGCAAGCUUCAAGAUGGAUAUUUGGAAUUAAUGAAUACAAAUUGUCACUUCAAAGAAAGAUUAAAUCAAUAUAAAAAGAAAUCUGAGAGAAAAGUAGUUUUGAGACAACUUCCACAAGAACUGGCUGGUAAUCUGACAGAGCAACCAAUGUCAGAGGCUUCACUAGAACAUUCAUCCAGUAAUCACCUUAAAGUAGAAGAUGAGGUACAGGGUUUGAAGAAGAAACUAGAUCAAAUCAAUUGUAAAGCCGACAUUGUCAAUACAAACAUAGAAGCUACAUAUUUAAAAUAUUUACAGUUGGAUGGAAAAUUUACACUUGCUUUGAAAAACCUUCAAAAUACAUGUGAAAAACUACAGAGCAAUCAAAAGAAAUUGGAAGAAGAUGUAGAAAAUCUCAAAAUAUAUGUGCAAGACAAUAAAAUUAAAAAUGGUCAAGGAGAGCCUCAUGGAUGGGAGAUUGGACAAAGAACAAGAGAGAUUUUAAAGGAAAACCAAAAACAAGCAUCUCUGUUUUCAGAGACAUUUUAUACAGCUGUGAAAAUUUUAGAGAAGAUGAAUGAAUAUUAUAAGAUUUCAUUAAUGGAGUUGAUGCAAUUCAGAAUUGGCAAGCUAGAAUCUCAAGUGUAUGAAAUUAAAAAUAAAAUUUCUGAUGAAAUACAAAGCCAGAGAGAAAACAUAGCAGGUGCUACUUCCAACCCACGGCCUUCAUGUCAAAGCAUUGAGGACUAUCUGGCUGAGAAUUUGUGUCUUGACCCACUAGAACUUCUGCCUUAAAAUCUACUAAUAAGCCAAGAAAACAUCUACUUUUGGAAACAUCACAGGAAUGCACAGAAGUUUUAAGCAGAAAAAAAUUGAUAUUAAUGAUAACAUUGUAUCUGUGAGACCAUUGACAUUUAAAUUUUUACCCACUGAAUGUGUGAUGUGGAAACUUUAUUAAAAGAAAAUGUUUGUCACAUAGAUAUGUGAGCAAAUUCAUACAAUAUUUGAAACUUUCUUUGCAUGUAUCACUAAAUUGGAAGUACAAGUGUGAACCAGUAUUUCAAAGAUCUUAAUGUCCUCAAACUGUCUAAAUGCCAGAUAUUUAAAAGGCACUGAAACAAUCGAGUGAUCAAUAUUAACUGGAUGGAUCUAAAUAUAACAUUAAUGAUGGAUUAGUUUUAUGAUACAAAUUGUAUCACCAUAUAUGGACCUAGAAAUUUAUACAGACAGUAUUUUGCUGGGCCAGUGCUUUAAAGUAUUACAAUUAUUAUACUGUCAUCAAACUUAAAUACUUUAAUGGUUUAUGCAUUAACUUAUAUCCUUUUCCUGGUGAGAAACCAAAUUCACUUAAGGCUUUUCACAUUUUCUCUUUGUUCAUUUAUACAAUUUUGAUGUUUUGUAAAUAGUCUUAAUAUUAUAAAAGUUCCAGCCUCUAGUAUAAGAAACAUUUGCCCCCUGAGCCACUUGGGAAUAAAUUGCUAACAUAACCACCAUUUGUGAUUACUUUAGUAUUUCCUACAAUUCGGAACAUACUACAAAAGUACAACACACACACAAAAAAUGAUAUUAAUGAUAACAUUGUAUCUAUCUUCAUAACUGAUACAUUAACACUAAUACAUUCUAUUAUAAUAUAUUCUAUCAUCAGAUUCUUUCGAGUUUUGCUACUUUCUUAAUGACUUGCUAUCUUGUUUCUUUUUAGUGCUAAAUGAUAUUCCAUUGUUUGGAUGUACCAUUGUUUAUUUAACCACUCACCCAACUGAAGAACACCUGGAAUACUUUCAUGUUUUGGCAAAUAAAACUGCUUUCAACAUCCAA